GCGAGAAAUGCUUCUUCCACCAUGCCAGCUACUCUCAAGCUCGAUAACGGGCAGCAUAUUACAUACGAGUCGGCCAUCAAGAAAGAUGAAAAUAUCAUCAAUGAAGCGACAUACCCUCGAGCAAGGAAACAGCUCUUUCAGAAGCUAUGGGAUCAGCGUGCAACCAUCCAGGCAAUUAUCCGGCAUCACCUGAGACUGCGCAGUGAAGAUGCUUGUAUUGUCGAGGACCAGUGGAUUCGUGGGAACUUCAAUGUGUGUAUACCUGUGGAGGUUAGGUCAGCUGGCUUCAAUCAGAAACUUAUCUUUCGCUGUCCUAUGCCACACAAGCUUGCUGAAGCCAUAUACCCUGGCACCAUUGACGAAAAGCUCAGUUCCGAGGUGGGAACCUACGUGUGGAUGCAGGAGUAUUGCCCUGACAUCCCCAUUCCACAAUUAUACGGCUUUGGCUUCUGUGACAAUCGACACUUUACACACGAGAAACAAAUGCCUUUCUACAUCCGCUUCUGGCGCCGGCUCCAGCGAUCACUCCGCAAGUACCUUCGAUACCCAACUCUGUCUCAAUAUACUUCCAACCCAACUGGCGAGCGCCUGCCUACUGCAUAUAUGCUGUUUGAAUAUAUCGGUCCCGAAACAGGCGAACUGCUAUCAGACACAUGGAAUCAGCUACGAGAAGACCCAGUCCGGAGGCAAAAUCUCUUCCGAGGCAUGGCGCGCUUGAUUCUGUCUUUGGCUCGUGUUCCCCAGCCUCGAAUAGGCUCAUUCGAAUUUCAUAACAACGGCACUAUCACACUGACAAACCGACCACUGUCUUGCUCCAUUAUUAUAUUGGAAAAUAAUGGCGCCCCGAGAACAAUAUCGAAAAAUGAGACAUACACUUCUACGGAGCCUUUUGUUGCAGAUAUGCUUACAUUCCAUGACGACUUUUUUCUCAGCAAUCCACGCGCUGUUUCAAGUAUGGGAGACUGCCUUGGACAAAUGGCUUCGAAAACAUUGCUCAGAGCAAUCUCGCAUCACUAUAUUCGGCGCGAAACCCGCAAUGGGCCGUUCCGUCUUCAGCUUACCGAUUUCCAUGCGAGUAACAUUUUCGUUGAUAAAGACGGGAAUAUCACAUGUCUCAUUGACCAUGAGUGGGUUUGUGCGCUACCUACCGAAAUGCUUUCCGUUCCGUAUUGGCUUACGGGAUGCGCCAUUGAUGGGAUGACGGACGAGAAGCUUCGUGAGUUCGAAAUAGUUCAUCAGGAGUUUAUGAAUUUAUUUGAGGAGGAGGAAGUCAAGAGCAUGCUAACGAAACCGCCUGCGAUAACACCAAUUCUGCACGACGGCUGGAGAUCUGGAGCAGUAUGGUUCUGGCAUUGUAUUACGUCCGUAAAUGCCGCGUGGUCUCUGGUCGAAGAUCAUAUCGGUCCUAGAUUUGUUCCUAUCUCUACAGAUACCGAAAGAAUAUUUUCACAGUAUUGGUGUCAGGGAUCUUCUCAGGUUGCUGGGAGAAAGAUCGCUGAGCGGGAAGAGUAUGCGAAACAGUUACAAGUUCUCUUUGACGAAAAGGCAGGCUUUUCUACAAAGGACGAGACUCAUAGCUAA